GAAAUAUUUGUUACAAAUAAUUCCAAUAAAAAAGACCACCGACGAUCACCACCCAACUCUUCUCUUUCACCACACACACUAUAUGCGUGUGAACUGUGAUCUGCUCACAUGUAGUGCCAUUUUCGAACACUUAUGAAUGAAAACACCUACCAAAAUUAUAAAACAAUGCACAUUAAUGUAGUUAUGUAGAGUGAGGUGGUGUAGCAGAGCAAAAGUGGAUAAAACCAUUGUUGCUUUCAUGUCAAGUGACCUAAAAAGCACCCAAAUUUAAAGGGGAGCAAAAGCAUAUUUCUUGCUUGUUCAUUUGAGUGCAUCUACUUUUUUGUUGAAAAAGUAGCUGUGAGCCUGUGAAUUAUAUACUCUCACAAAAAGAAAAGAUUUUGAGAGAUGGGCUCUGCGAAUGUUUGCGAGAUGUGGAAAAGCGACGCACCAGAUCUGUGAAGAAGAUAAGGCAAGAUUUGUGUUCUUUUUUUUUGCUGUUUUUUGGGUAAGCUAUUCCUUUUUCUUAAUUAAUUGUAGCGUUUUAAUUUAUUUAUUUUUUUCUUAUUUUUCCUGCAACUCUGUGUGUGUGCGCGCGCUUCCUUUUGCUUAUUGAUGUUCAAUCUGAGAUUUACAUUCUCGAGAAAAAUUAUUGAUUUAAAUUAGUUCUUGGGGAAGAGAUGCUUAGAGAUGAACAUGGGUUUUAGCUAAACUCAGUUAGUUUGUGUUUGGUACAAUGUUUACUAGGCUUGCAUUGCAUGAAGCAUUUAUUAUUGUUGUUGUUGUGUGAUAUGGGUUUGCUUAUUGAGAUUUUCUUGAACAUUAUAUGCAGAUUUUGUGUGAUUCUAAUUGUAAAAAUUGGGUUUUUGAUAUUAAAGGCUAGCCUGGUUUGCCUGAAAUGAAGCAGUGAAUUGUUCUGACUAUAGAAUACCAGCUUGGAUUCGACAGAUUAUACCUCAAGCAGAUGCUUAGCAAGUUUGUAUUUCAAUUUCACUUGUUUAAUUCUAAAUUCACCAUUUGAUAUUCUUAUCAUUCAUUUUUGGCCGAAAUUGAAAUGGAAGUUCUUGAAAAUUAUAGACUUUGUAAUAUUUCCAUCCCUGGCAUUUUCAGUUGUAUCUUUCAAUUGCUUGUUUAGAUUUACGCUACAUUGGUGUGUUCCCGCUGUUAAAAUCCCACACUUCAUUCAUAUCUCUGAUGCAAAGAAAAAAUCAGAAAUUUAGAGUUGCAAUACCAAAUGUUCAAUAAGUUCAUGGAUAGAGAGAGAUUGCCCACAACGUUUAUACGAAAAUUGAAAUGAAAUAUGGUAUUUCAUGCUUACUAUGGUAUUUUGUGAAGUUAUGUGUAUCCUGUACAGUGUUCUGCUUGAUGUUUUCCUAAAAAUUUGCACACAGCAUGUAUAUGUUUUUGUUUUACACGUCACAAAUGGAUCUAAAUCUAUAUCAUCGGCUAUUUCAAUUAUUGCAAACCUAAUAAGUUAAAUCGACAUCAAUGGAUUAAUUGCAGCCACUGAAAAACCGAUCUUCGAAUGGAAACUUCCGGACCCGACGCUGACCGCAUAAGCUCAAAUGACUAUGCGGCAUUGGGAUUAAAGGACUCGAGAAAGGACAAUAUAGGAAAUCCUCGUAUCUUGUCACUUCUUGGAAUGUUACUGGAAAAAUCUGUUCAGAAAAAUGAAAGAUUAUUCGAGACUUCGCAAAUUAAGGAUGCCAUUACCAUUUUUCAUGGUUCGAGAGCACCUGCUAUUAGCAUUCAACUGUAUAUCGAUCGUAUUUUCAAGUAUUCUUGCUGCAGCCCAUCUUGCUUUCUCAUUGCACACAUAUAUAUGGAGAGAUUUAUUCAGCGCACGAAUUUUUUCCUGACUUCUCUCAAUAUUCAUCGGCUUUUAGUAACCAGUGUGAUGGUGGCUGCAAAAUUCAUGGAUGACUCCUUCUUCAACAAUGCAUAUUAUGCAAGAGUCGGAGGUGUGAGCACUUCAGAAAUGAACAAACUCGAAAAGAAGUUUUUGUUUUCGCUUGAUUUUCGACUUUAUGUCAACGUGAACACUUUUGGAAAAUAUUGCUCUGUUUUCAAAAGGGAAGGCUCGAGUGGUCGAAUCGAGCGCCCAAUCAAGUCGUGUGGAGUGGAAGAGAGUUGGACGAAUAAAGACGACCCGGCUCAUGGUCAGUCGACAGCUAGAUAACCGAAAAAAUGUGUUGAUAAAGAGAAAAGUGAGCGAUUUUUUUUUUUUUAAUGAUUUUCCUUGGUACAUUACAAGAGGAGAUUGAAUGUGACUAUGUGAGAAUCAUGAGAAUGGGCUGUGAAGAAUUGUAAGGGUUCCCUUGUUUGUUGUAGUAAGAAUGUGUUUGGGAUUUAAGAAUCAUGAAAAUUGUUAGUGCUGAACUUUUUAAGGCUUACCUUGUUUGUUGUAGUAAAGGAAAUGUGUAGAUUUUCUUCAGUUCUUGAGUUUCUAUUGAGUGGUGGUGUUGGUUUUGAUGAGGCAUAUAAAGCUUGG